GCAGAGGGGGCCGCCGAAAAAAGGACAACCCCGCUUCAAAAAAAUCACUGCACUGUCCCUUUAAAAAUCAGGACACAGUUCAGGUGCAGCCAAUCACACAAUGACUCAUCGUGCACCGGCCAACCAGGAAUCCAUGUCACCUGUGGUUGAUGAGUCCGAGCGUCGGUGUCUCUUCAACUUUCUGUCUGGUCACUUUGACUUCAUUAAAGAGUCGAACCAGAAACCUCAGUUCUCCACCGGCCCUGGGCUGACAGUUGUUCCGCAGGUGUGUGUGUGUGCAUGCAAACUGUGGAGUCGUUCAAUGACAAUGAGGGGGGUUGCUUUCUAACUGCCUGCUCGGGUCCGUGAAGGCGCAGAGCUGCGAGGCGCAUCCUCCUGGGAGGAGUGUAGCUUUGCAGCGCAACCCUGAAAAACACGUUCCACAAUCCAGUCGGCGUCUCUCCCCCGGCGGCCCGAGCAGCUCGUCUCUCCGCUGCCUGGAGCCUGGCAACCGACAGCUUGUUCUGGGUCUUUAUAUAUUCAGGAGCUUUUAAUUUGGAGUGACAGCUGCUGGACAUGGACGCUGCUGCUGCUGCUGCUGCGGAGGGGGAGGAGGAGGGGGAGGAGGGCCCCCCCCCCCCGAGCCCGCUGAUGAGGAGCAACCACACGGCGUUCAUCGACGACAACACCCUGUACGUGUGGGGAGGAUACCAGGUGGUCGCUGGGGAGGAUGUCAUGUUGCCCGGUGAUGAGAUAUGGCUCUGCGAUUUAGACAGCGGGACGUGGGAGCGGAGGGAAAUCACCGGGGACGACGUGCCCCGAGACUUGGCAGGCUUCUGUGGCUCUCACGUCAACGGCACGCUCUACAUCUUCGCAGGGUGCGACACGGUCGGAUACACAAACCAGAUGUUCAGCGUCGACCUCUCGGAGCCGCGCUGCUCGUGGAAGCAUGUGACCGACGCCAAGGGAACGACGCCGUCGCCACGGAACAAACACACCUGCUGGGUUCACAGAGACAGAUUAAUUUACUUCGGUGGAUACGGGUGUAAAACCAUUGGUGAGGUACGAAACACAUCCACGUCAAACUUCAUCGUGGAAGAGAUGUCCUGGGCGAUGAUUGGAAACACGUUGUUUCGGUGCUGGGGCUGGAACAACGAAGUCCACGUCUUCGACACGCAGACUGCGACAUGGACCAAGCCACAGACUCAGGGUCCGGCUCCUGCUCCCAGAGGCUGCCAUGCCAGCGCGCUCCUGGGGAACAGGGGUUACAUCUCCGGCGGCGUAGAGACGGCCGAGUUUGACAUGUUCUGCAUAGACCUGGACACAUGGACCUGGACCAAAUUUGACCUGUCCUGUUCACCCCUGGGGCGCUCCAUGCACACCAUGACGGCCGUGUCGGAUCACUCCCUCUUCGUGUACGGAGGACUCGGCCGGGACGGGAGCACUCUCAAUGACGCUUGGCAGUUCAGCACCGUCAGGAGAGAGUGGACCAGGAUGACGCACCCACACAAGGACAAGCCCAGGGUUUGUCACACAGCGAGUCUGGGGAACGACAACGACGUCGUCGUGUUUGGCGGAAGCAGCAACCUCUGCAUCCUCAUAGACCCGGUGGCUGUUCUGAGGUCUCCGACGCAGAACCACUGCAGAGACGUGAUCAUCUUCCAGACGCAGCCGUACUCCCUCUUCAGAUUGUGUGAGGACGUCAUCGGCAAACACCCGGAGCGCUUUGCGAAGCAGCUGAACUGGCUGCCGUCAAAACUGAGGAGCAAAGUCGACAAGAGAGUUUCCUUUUUCUCCAACACGACGCCUGUUCUAACAGCUUGACCACGACGGUUUUACAAAACUGUGUUUUUGCGUGUUUUUCUAUUCAUAAUGACUUAAUAGAAGAGAAAAUGGUGCUAGUUUCAUUGUUUUAACUUAAGGAAAUAUAAUUUGUAAAUAAAGUCUAUCUUUUUUAAAAAAACAAACGGUGAUUAAGGUAAAAAAUUUUACUUCAUGUAGUGAUUUGAUGAUUGUGAAUAAAGGAAACUAUUUGUUGUA